AACACCAUUCAUGCGGAAUGAUCGCUCCUGGAUAUUUCACUCAAGUGUUAUAAUUUGCAACUUUAUCAUCCAGGAUUUCUCCAACCAAAUGCAAUCGAGAUUCGCAUAUUCUAGGUCCAAGUGAUGGCCCUGGCUUGCGGUGGUGGACGCCUUGGCUGCGUGCCGGCGCUACGAUUGCGAUUGCGAGUACUAGCGCGAGCUCUUUCCUCGGGCGAUGUGCAAGGCGAGUGUGGUAAUGGUUUUCAUAGCACCCACCGCAGGAAUUUCCUCCUGGCUGGAGGAUCGCUCAUUCUCCACCAAAGCUGCGUCCACCACCAAGAGGCAAUCGCGGUGUCACAAACCCUCCUUGCGGGACGCGUUCCCGGCCUUUCCCUUCCUGACGAGAAUGGCAUCAGAACGUACCGAAGACCCGAUGAGAAAUCUGGCGGCCAUGGCGUGGGCUGGAGUCCCAUGAUACCAUACUCUUUCCGAGUUCCACAAAACUGGCAAGAGGUUCCCGUGUCUAUAGCGGACCUGGGUGGAACCGAGAUUGACCUCCGGUUUGCCAGCAGCGAAGAAGGCAGCAUCGCAGUCGUUGUGGCUCCCGUGAGGAGAUUUUCAGACACAAUCGAUGACAAUGCCAAGAUCGAAGAGAUCGGACCACCAGAGAAGGUGAUCGACGCGUUCGGGCCAGAGGUGACCGGCAAGAACAUCGAGGGCAGCGUCAAAGACAUGGAAGUGAAGCAGUACGAUGGGAGAACUUACUACCAGUACGAGCUGGAGCCACACGUACUCAUCACGGCAACAGCCGCUGGGAACAGGCUCUAUCUCAUGUCUGUCAACGCGAGCGGACUCCAAUGGCGGAAGCAUGCCAGGGAACUGCGAAGCAUCCAGGAUUCGUUCAGAGUUGGCUGAUUCACAUCAAGCCUUAACAUUGUUUCUAGUUGUAGAUUACAAGAGUCCAGAUGUUUCUAUAGAGCGA